AGUCGCAGAAAUGGCUGGAUUGCUCAAAAAGACCACAGGUUUGGUUGGCCUCGCUGUGAGCCAGAAUCCACACGAGCGUCUGGGAAAUCUGUACGUGAAGAUCCUGUCAUGUCUGCAGAGGAUUCCCCAGGACGCCGCUUACAGAAAAUACACUGAACAACUGAUCAGCGAGAGGUUCAACCACGUCAAAACUGAGCCAGACGUUGGGAAGCUGGAGAAGAAAAUCAACGCUGGACAGAUCGAGGAGGUUAUUGCACAGGCUGAAGCGGAGCUCUCGCUGUCCAGAAAGAUGGUGGAAUGGAAAGCCUGGGAGCCGCUCAUUGAAGAAGCUCCAGCUAACCAGUGGAAAUGGCCCAUCUGAAGCCCUCUUCACUCGCAUGCAUGUAGAUUAUGUUUAUAUUCAGGAAUAAAUCAACUCCGUCUAUUUAAA